AUGGAGUCAGGAGGACCUGAAGAGCCAGAGAGUCCAGGAAGAUCAGCGAGUUUGUCACAGCCAGAAGAAGAAGCUGCCGAAGCACCUGCGGAAACAAGCACUGUGAAUCCCCUCCUGGAGCCUGCUCUCACAGGGAAUGUGGAAGGCCUGCAGAAGAUAUUUGAGGAUCCUGCAAAUCCUCAUCAUGAACAGGCCAUGCAGCUGCUCUUGGAAGAAGACAUGGUGGGGAGAAAUUUGCUGUAUGCAGCUUGCAUGGCCGGGCAGAGUGAUGUGAUUAGAGCGUUGGCAAAAUACGGCGUGAAUCUGAACGAAAAGUCUGCCAGAGGUUAUACACUCUUACACUGUGCUGCAGCUUGGGGUCGGCUAGAAACUUUGAAAGUGCUAGUGGAUUUGGAUGUUGAUAUAGCAGCUCUGAAUUUCCGGGAAGAAACUGCACGAGAUGUCGCUGCUCGGUAUUCCCAGACUGAAUGUGUUGAAUUCCUGGAUUGGGCAGAUGCAAGGCUGACUCUGAGAAAAUGUAUUGGAAAAUUCUUUGCAACCAUUACAGACAUGGAAAAGGGGCCCGGAAAACUCCUUAAGGAAGACAAGAAUACCAUCCUCAGUGCAUGCCGUGCCAAGAACGAGUGGCUGGAAACCCACUUGGAAGCAUCCAUUAGUGAGCUUUUGGAACAGAAACAACUAUUGGAAGAUAUUGUGACUCCUAUUUUCACAAAAAUAUCUGCACCACGUCAAGCAAAAAGUGCCAAAUCUGUGAUCUAAGCCAUGUCAACAAAGACAUCAAAAUCAUACCUCCUCCUGAGUGUGUAUUUUGCAAAAGGCAAUAUUUUCUUCUAAUGUCUGUAAAGAAAAUGUAUUCAUGAAGUGAAGAAAACAAGUAUUGGAUUUUAUAAAGUUGUUUAAGUGUGAAAUCAAAUUACUUUUGUUGUACCCUGUUUAUCAUGCUUAUGUCCAGACACUCUGGCCUAGCCUCUGCGCACAAUGGACAAUACAUGUGAAUUCCAGGUUACUUCCUCCAUAGACAGGUGGGUGUGACUCACACAGGAAGAUCAGACAAACCUUUUCAAACUGUUUAGAGAAUCUAAUAAUUUUCUGUGUAAUUGAGAUAGGAAAUGUCCAUUCAAUUGAGGAAUCCCAUUUUUAAAAAGCAUAUUUUAUUAUAGUGGAAAAAUAUUCUCCCUCUCUCAGAAGGAAACCCUAUGGAAUGACAUUUUGGAAAGAGGGAAUAUUAAGUAUCAUGGGAUCAGGGCAAAUUAAAUUUCACUAGUAAGAUGGGAGUAGUCUCUGAAUAGCCUCCUUAUUUUUAUGGCCUAUGUUGUAAUUCAUCAACAUAAGCCUGUUUAGUUUUAUACUUAUAAGAUUUCUACUAUUUUGUAGUUUUGGUAAUAUAGAUGUAACUAGACUUUAUGCCAUUUUCCUCUUGUUGUGUUUUAUAAUUUUUAGCUCUUAAAUAACGUAGUUGGUUUCAUUUUGGUGAUUUAGAAAUUAUUUCCCUUAAGACCCCCUAACUUAUCUAAUAAAAUCCUUGAAACUUCUCCUUUUUCUGGUAACAUUUUAUAGAGAAAAUUUUUUUCUAGAAAGCUUUUAUUCCUUGUCCUUUUAACUGUCUAUUCUUUGUCCCUCCCUAUAUACUAGUUUUUCAUCAUGGGAGCGUAGGACAAGAAAUGAGCAAGUCAGUAUAAUACCUUGUCAAUUGACAUUUUCUCUAACAUGGUUUUUAGAUAACACUGUUUUAUAAUUUGUCACCCUAAUUUAAAAAAUUUGAGAUCCUUUUACGUAUGCAUGUAAACAACUCAGUCUCAAUUGCCUUAAGUGGAAGAAUAGCAAUAAUUCUCACUCCCUUCUCUGGUAGACUCACUGGGUGUUUAUGGAGGGUACAAAAGAGGAGAAACCCCUGGGUGUUGCAAAUAGUUAACAUGCUAUGUGACUCACUGAAAGUUUGGAUGUUCAAGUCUACCCAGAGCACGUCGGAAGAAAGCUCUGCCAAUAUAUUUUGAAACACACCAGGCUUUGGAAACCUAUGUAGCACAGUUCUACUCUGACACACACUGAACAGACGCAAUGGCAACUGCUUACCAAACAAGGAGAUCUGUUUUACUCCAUUCUCCUAACACCAUUUAUCAUUGGAAGUCCAGUGUCCUUAAGCACGACAAUAAUUUGAGUAAAGAUCAGAUGCUUUUUGAGCUGUUUUCACCCUGACUCUGUAUUUUCUAAGCAUUGAUCUUGAAUAUGGCAAUUUCCCAGCCCACCCCCAAGCAUAUGAUCCAGGAAAUGAGUGAAUUCCUAGAUUUCACCUAAAGAUUCCUAGGAAUUUUUAGAAACCCUUUAGUAUGAACUGAAACUUUCUUUUCCUCUUUAUUAAUCUCUCGUCCUGCAUCCUCAAACUUCUUUGUAACUGUUGGCAGGGCGUCUGAUGCUAUCUUCUUGAAACUCCUCGUGUUAGCUCCUCUGUGCCACAGUGGCUCCUCUAUUCUCUUAUAAACUGCUUUCGAACUCACUCUUAAGCUCCUCUCCUUCAAAGUAACCCUAUACUAUAUAUUUUGAGUAUCUCAACAUUCUGUCCUGACGUCUCAUGAAAUAAUCUACAAAUCUUCGCCCCAUGACCUUCCCUGUUACCAGUAGGGCAAGACGUAUCCCCUCUUCUCUGGGGUAUUCACAGAUCUAAUAAUCUCAUGUUAUAGUCUGGUUAAUAGUUCACAUGUUUCCUCCUCAUGGGAAUUGUGAACUUUUUGAGGGUAGGGACCUUGUCUUAUUUUCCCUCAUAUCUUAAGAUAUCUGUAAAAUAGUAAGUUCUUAGUAAAUGAUGAUUGAAUGAAUUCUUCUUUAGUACUAUUUUAUUUAUAGAAAUAAUUAUCUCUGCAUUCAUUCUUAGUGCAUGUUUACCUUUAUAAAAAUGAUUCCUGAAUCUUUAUCUCCAUAUCUUGCUUGUGCCAGUACCUCAUCUAACCUCCAGCCCCUGUAGAAAACAAGCCCCCCUCCCCCCAACACACCCACACCCACACAGCACAAUGGAUCUAUGGGUAGUUUCUCUUGCGAGCUUCUACUUAUGAGCUUUCUUUUGGAACACCAUAUUGUUUUUCAGUCAUGUGAACCUGCUAAUUGCCAAGGGGUUCCUCGAUCUCAUUUUAAAUAUUCCUUGGAUAUGAAGAUCUACAUAUUGCAUUAUAUCUGUAGAUCUAUAAUUUUAGUCUGUUUUGAGAGAUGUAGUACUUCUUGUUUCCUACUGUUUCAGUAAAUUGAAGUCACAGGAGAGUUAAAAUACCCUUAUGGCUUGGGUUUAACACAAGUAGCUGCCUGACUAUUUUAACAUCUAAUCCAUGAUUACUAUUUCUCCCCCCGCAACAGUUUUAUUGGCACACAAUUUGCAAAUCAUAUAAUUGAAUAGUUCUAUCGUUCAAUCCUAUCAAGAGGAAUCGUACAAUUGCCACCAGAUCUGUCUUAGUGCAUCCCCUCCCCCCUGGUUGAGCUGCCUGUAUGCACAAGUAUUACUAUUUCAAAGCACAUAAAAGUCUCCAUGUUAUCUGACAGGUGGUCAAGCAAAUUCAGUGUUAUGAUAAUUUCUAGAUAGUGGUUCUUUAGAUUUUUAUAUUUUAUUGAUCAGGAAAAUGUUUUUUAAAAGGAGGGGGUGGACAUGAUCCCACUAAAAGAACAGUUUUGUCACUAUUAUUUAAUAAGAGAAAAGACAAUUUAAUACCAGAAAAAAACAGGAGGAUAUCAUCUCAAUGUAAGACUCUACCCUUCCUGUUGUAUAAAUUGAGCUUUACUACAUGUCUGUAUAUUACAUUUAUUUUUCUCAUUUUGCCAUGUAUAAUGAAACUUUUGUUGUUGUUGUUGUCGUCGGGUUUUAAAUAAUGAUAUUCAGUUCAUUGACUGUAUGGUAAACUCUUUGUCAUGAAUCUAAACUGAGCUGUAGUCUGGCCUUUGAGAACUACUGCUCUAGAGUUAGAUUAACGUGAUGAUCUACAUUGUAAAGGCCUGACAAUCACCCUUAUGUUUUACCUAAUAAGAGGUAGACUGGAUUUUCAAAGAUGGCCACCCCAGUAUCCCCUGUCCUCCAUGUUCUUACAAUGUAGUCUGGAUGAAAGGUGUGGAUCUCUAUUCUCUCUCCCUGAAUCUGUCCAGGCCUGUGACUACAAGAAAUGCUCAUGCGUGAUUUUCCCAGCAAAUCACACAGAGGGAUGCAGUUUUCACCUAGUUCCCAUGACACACUUCCUCUUGGAUACCAAUCACCAUGACAAUUGGAAGGUAAAACAGCCUGUGGGGAAGCCCACCUUCAAAGAAACGGAGGCUCCAGCCCACAGCCCUCACUGCACUGCCAGCCAGUAGGCACGACCAGCCUACCAGCCAUAUGAACAAUGAGCCUCAUGGACGUCGAUCUUCCAGUCAAGCCGUCCCAGCUAAUAUGUAUGGAGCCUAGACAAGCCUCCUGUGUCGAGCCCUGUUGAAAUUUAAG